ACAGCAGAUUCACAAGUCAGCUCAUCGGUUACGACUUCAGACGAUCUAUAAUCCCAAGGGAAUCAUGAACAUGCUUAAACUCAGGACACUCCUUCUCGGCUAUGCCUUUUUUUUCUGCCAGACGUCCUCAAAUGCGGCACCAUCCAGUAAGGAGUCCAUGUCAGAUGGGAUCACACUAUUGAACAAGGAUGCUGAAACGUUACUCAGAGCUAUCAAAGAGUUCAUGCAGAUAACCUCAGAUGAACCAGCAAAACAACCAGCUGACGGGGAGAGCAAUUUGACAGCACAAAAACGGGCAUGCAACACGGCCACCUGCGUGACGCACCGCUUGGCUGACUUUUUGAGUCGCUCAGGUGGACUUGGACACAGCAACUUUGUUCCCACAAAUGUUGGUGCGCAAGCAUUUGGCAGAAGAAAGCGGCAUGGCCUGAUGCAAGACCAGAUACAUGCCCAAUAGAUCAGGCUUAUCUUCAGAGACAAAACUCCAUCAUCGUCUAGUCACAGUAGAAGCACCUUAGGAAGAAGCAACACUUCACUCCAGAAACUAUCCUUCACAAACAUGGAGAUGUGUCUUUCAUUUAACUAAAUGGUUUGCUGUUAGUGAUUAGAAAACAAAGCUGCUUACAGUGACAAGACUUGACUCAUUUUCUCUGCCUUGACCUCUGGCUCAUCUGCAUUUCUGACCCCACUGCUGUUGUAUUACAGUGUGUCGAAAUGGAAAUGCUAAACUUUGCAUCUGUGUUACUGACACAAAUGUGAACAAAUGUUCUGUGGCUGUUUCUGAAUAUUGAUGUGAAAUUCUUGCAUUUUACUGUGGAUGAGAUAAAUUAUCUGUGAAAGAUAAAUGUUGGAAUAAUUGUAACUGGGGAGUAGAAAUAAAUAGUAUUUUAGCUACUGUGUGACUGUAUUGAAUAAAUUUUAGAACUGAUUUAACCAUUUAUGCCAAUUCAUAUUAAAAAGGUACAGACAGAGAGUGAAACAGAGAACAUUAACAGUUAAUAUAUGUUAUAUGCA